AUGUCACGUAUAUAUACUGCAGUAAAAGUAAUGCUAAAGGGUGGAUUCUAUUUUCCUAGAAGGUGGUUUUCUAAAUUACAAUGGCGAGGGUUUUACAAAAAAUUCAAAUACAUAGUAGAAGAAGAUGAAGUGGAUCAUAUCAAUAUAAAGAUCAGUGGAGACAAGCAGCUUAUUAAUAUUGUUGAAACUGUCACUCCAGAAGCAGUUCGAACACGAGUUGAGCACUAUGAUCUUGUCAACAAAGAAAACGUAGUCAUAAAGGAUAAUCUUAGUCGUAUGAUUACUUCUCCUAUUAGCCGAUUCUUCAACUCUAAAGAAGAUCUCGCCUGGAAAAAUGAUUUUGGUGGCGAUUUAUUAAUGAAAAAGACAGACCUGAAUGCAGAGGAAGCCACAAGAAUUGUUAAUGAGUACGAUCCCAAGUUUGUCAAAUCAGUUGUUAUAUUGGAAAAUUAUUGGUUUUUCAUGACUAAUUUUUCCUAUUUCUUUCACAACAACUUCCAGAUCGAUGAUUAUGCUGAUUUUUCGAAGAUUGGAUACGAAAAAAAAUUGUUUGGAUAUGUUAAAUUACUUGAAACAAGUGAAUUAUUUGACUCCGUAGAUGGUACAUUUUUCUCUCCUUUCCUUGGGUCAUCAAUCCAAGAACUUCCAGUAACCAUCACAGCAAGCUCUGAAACUACCUCGACCAACAACAGGAUAAUGAACCAAUACUAUAAACUAAAUACGAAAAACAACUGGGGGUUCCACAGCAAGAGGUAUAAGGACAAAGGUUUCUCGCCAGCGAAUCCAUUGUCAGUUGAAAAUUUUAGUAUUAUAUAUUCAGCUGCAUCGCUCGUAAUCAAGUCAUUUGCAUACCAAAAAAUACAGCUAAAGCAGAUAAACAAGCUGCUAUCAAGAGUACUAACUCAAGAUGACUUAACCCUUACCUUUGCCAUACGACAUCAUUUUGACUUUUUACUGUUAAAAGCGAAAAAGAAGCACAAAGAGGAUAAAAAACUUUCAAACAAUUUCAACGGGAGAGAGUUAUUUUUUAUUCAAAAGUUAAACCAUUUGAAUUUUUUAUUCUAAAAAAAAAAAGUCGCACUCUCUCUUUUCUUUUCACUUGCAAAAGUCGACGCAACUCAAAAAAAUAAAUAGCAAAAAUUAUCAAAGGUUUUUGUUUUUUUUUGGAUUAGUCUACUCUAUCGUUUUUUUUUGUUUCGUAUAUCAUACAAACACACAUAUAGUACAGCAAAGAAAUCAAUUAAGCAUCAUAAACAACAACAACAACAACAUAACAUUCAAUGGAAAAUCAACAUUAUGUUCAUAAACAAUGUAAUGAAGUAGAAGAGGCUAAUGUUCCUCAUUAUGCUACUGAAGAAGAAAUUCUUGCAUCUUUUGGUUAUAAGCAGGUAAGAAUAUAUAAUUUUGAUUCUAUAGUAGUGUGUGUAACAAAUCAGCUGUCAAAAUAAAAUGUAC